AUGUCCAUCUCCUGGCUCAAGAAGCGCGGUCUUACAUUCUCGUCAGCCACAAAGAGGACAACCCCUCCUCCUACUAGGAAUCCCUUCCCACCUCCUCCAGCCGCUUUGGCACCUACACCCACAUAUGGUCAUCAUUAUCCUUCGCCACCAAAGCCAGCUUUCCCUCCACCCAAUUCUUCCUACAUCACACCACCCACAUUGCCGGACACGCCAUCACCAGGUUAUUCAACAUCGACAUCAACAGCAUCAACAGCAUCUCCUCCAACGCCCCCAGCUUCGUCUUCACCAGGUAUCCCAAAACACGAGCCAGUACCAGUACCACCGCCAUUAAAGCACAAGAUGUUUGCGUUCGCUUCACCGCUGGACCUGCCAUCAGCGCGCUGAUCUCAUAGGCCAGGGAGACUCGAAACUUUGGCCGCUUUGCUUUCGGUCAUCAGAAGUGUUCAAUUUUCUUCAAUACAAGUGAGAUUUUGCCGGAAAUGCGCCUGUAGUACUGAAUAUAUUACAAUACUACAAUACAUGUGUGUGUUUAA